AUGACUUCUCAGCUCUUCCUUGGUGCUGCCUACAAAGGUGGCAGCCAUUUCCUGCCUGGCAUAGUGGCUGCUCUCAGACCCCUCGUAAAGCCCAAGAUUGAGAGGACCAAGAAGUUCAUCUGACACCAGUCAGACCUAUGUGUCAAAAUUAAGUGGAACUGGCGGAAACCCACAGGCAUUGACAACAGGGUAUGUAGAAAGUUCAAGGUCCACAUCUUGAUGCCCAACAUUGGUUAUGGGAGCAAAAAGAAAACAAAGCACAUGCUGCUCAGUGGCUUCUGGAAGUUUCUUGUACACAGGAGCUUGACGUGUGCUGAGAUUGCUCACAACGUCUCUUCCAAGAACCGCAAAGCCGUUGUGGAGAGAGCGGCCCAGCUGGCCAUCAGGGUCACCAAUCCCAAUGCCAGGCUGUGCAGUGAAGAAAAUAAAUAGACAGGAGUUCUCAUUGUGGCUCAGCAGGUUAAGAACCCAACUAGCAUCCAUUAGGAUGCUGGUUUGAUCCCUGGCCUAAGUGAGUUAAAGAUCCAGUGUUGCCACAACCUGUGGCAGAUGUGGCUUAGACCUCAAGUUGAAAUGAAUAGUGGGCUCGUAUGCACAUUGCAUCUGUGUUAA